UCUUUUGUGGCCUGGGGUAUCUGUAUUACUAGCACCGCCACCCCGAGACCAAUUUUUCCCGUUGUUUCGCCUUUACUUUUUAUGCUAUCCGCAUAUCUUGAAUGCUUAUUAUCGCGAGUAUACACCACACGCUCUGUUUGCGUCUCUAUACUCUAUUUUUCUCUUUUCUCUUUUCUCUUUUAUCGUACAUGUUGUGUUGUACUGCUCUUUUGGCGGCGUCAAGGCGCGAUCGAUUAGGCCGAUUAAGCCUCCUUUUCUUUUUCUUCCGACUACGAAGUCAUGGGAUUUGCAUUUUUGUUUCUGGCUGUAUGUUAUGGUAUACUGUAGACUUUUAGAGACAAGACGAAGAUGUCAUAAUCGCCUCUUUAUUGAUUUUCUAUGACUCUUGUAUCAUGAACUUUUAUUAAGUGUCUCGUUUUC